AUGAAGGUGGCUGCCGCCGCCUCCGCUGCCACCGCCGCGCCCGCCGGCCCGAGCUGCGCGCUGAAGGGCGUGCGCCUGGGCGGCGCGGGCGAGCCGGGCCCGCCGCGCUGCCUGUCUGAGCAGAGCGUGUCGCUGUCCCGGGCCGGCAGCCCGCCGCCCCCGCGCGCCUUGCCGCUGUGCCCGGAGCAAGCGGCCGCCGCCGCCGCCGCCUCGCUGCUCAUGGACAUGAAGGGCUGCUACUCGCGCCUGGCCGGCCUGGUGCCCACGCUGCCCCGCCACCGGCGCGUCUCCAAGGUGGAGAUCCUCCAGCACGUCAUCGACUACAUCUGGGACCUGCAGCUGGAGCUCCAGCACCCGCUGGGCGCAGGGACGCCCCCGCCGAGGGGCGCCGACGAGCCCGCCGGGCCCGGGCCCGAGGCUGGUUGUGUCAACACGGAUGACCGUAUCCUGUGUCGUUGAGGGUGUGCGUGGGCCUGCAGAAGUUCCUUGGAAGAAGCAAGUUUCUUAUUGCCCCUCCAAUGGUAGGGGGAAGGGACGUCUGGAUGGUGCUGGUCUUGCAGCUCUGCGUUCCCCUCCCCCAGUUCUACUGGACUUAAUCUGGACAAUGGCUACAGACAUUUUGCCGGAGGCAAGGGAGAGGCAGGAGCAUCUGCCCUGAUGCUGGAAGGGAGGGCUGUGGGUGUCUUGCCCAGAAAAGAGAAACCAGAGCUGAACUCAUAAGAACACCCUCCCAGAGGUUUAAUGCUUCCACGGGGCAAUGCUUUUUUGUUGUUUGUUUAAAAAGCAGAAUGUUAACUCUCCAAAUACUUCUCAGAUUCCUGAGAAUAAUUCUUGUAUUGUAUAUUACAAUGAUACGUUUUCUGAGAAUAUUGUUCUACAAUAGUUCGAGUUUUUGUUAUUAAACAAUGCAUAUUGCUCUAUGAAUA